AAUCCCAUUGUUAUUUUACGUUAUUUAACAAUGUUUGAAGCCCCACCAAAUCCAGUCUGAGUCCAAGACCGACUUAAAAAACUACUCCCAAAAAUGAAAAUGUCCAGAGGCACAAAACAGCAAGAAAAGGACUGGUUCCAAAUCCUUGCUAUUUUCCUGGCUUGCAUUUCCUCCUUCACUGACGGCAUGAUUUUCUCCUGGCCUUCACCCGCCAUCCCGAAAAUCGUAGCCGACAAAACCAACUACGACAUAUCCCUAGACGAAGCUUCAUUUUUCACAGUUUUGCCCCCCAUGGGGGCUAUACUGUCCUCGUUUCUGUUCGCAAAAUUGAAUGACACUAUCGGGCGCAAAUUCACGCUACUUUUAAUCACAAUUCCCCAAAUUGUGGCCUUGAGUUUGAUCGCCUCAGCUAAAUCUGUCUAUGUGUUUUACUUGGCUCGGUUCAUUGGAGGCUUGGGGGACGCUUGUCUUUUCGGCUGUUUGCCCGUCUACGUGGGCGAGAUUUCCACCCCUCGGGUGCGCGGCUCGUGGGGAAAUUUCAUGACAUUCCUCAUGUAUGUGGGACAAGUGUCGAUUAAUAUAAUAGGGAGCUACAGUUCCAUUGCCAUGACGGCCUACAUUUGCCUGAUUUUUCCCAUUUUUUUCUUUUGCACUUUUAUUUUCAUGCCGGAAACUCCCUAUUUCUACUUGAUGAAAGGUCGAGUUGAGGACGCCAGAGUGUCUUUACAGCGUCUUCGGCGAGUCGAAAACGUCGAAGACGAGUUGACUAAACUAAAGAUUGACAUAGACCGCCAAAUGUCCGAAUCUGGGACCUGGAGGGACGUUUUUGCCAUUAGAAGCAACCGGAGGGCUUUGUUCGCUGGAAUAUUCCUCCGAGCGUCGCAACAACUCGGCGGCAUUUCCUCCUUUACGGUCUACACGCAGUACAUUUUCCUGAAAUCGGGCGGCGACGUUUCGGCCAGCACCUCGGCGAUCAUCUUCAUGGGCCUGUGCGCGGUUUUGAACAUGUUUGCGGCUUUCACUCUCGAUAGAAUCGGCCGCCGAAGAUCUUACUUCUUAUCGCUGUUAUUGUGCGGUUCGGUGCUGUUGUGCGAGGCUGUUUACUUUUUGCUCGAGCAGUUUUACAGUGAUUUGGUGGAUGUUAGAGCCGUGAACUGGAUCCCGCUAGUCGGGAUGAUUCUCUAUGUCGUAUUUUAUUCAUUUGGGCUCGGGAUUGUGCCUACGCUAAUGUUGGGAGAGCUUUUCUCGGCGAGUAUUAAGGGGAAAGGUCUGUUCUUAAUGAAUAUCGUGUUGGGGCUUUUUGUAAGUGUGGCCACCAAGUUGUUUCAUUUGCUUGAUACAUCGUUUGGGUUGUUUUCGCCGUUUUUAUUUUUUGCGGUGAGUUGCUUCGUUUCCACCGUGCUGUCGGUGAGGUUCGUGCCGGAAACCAAGGGGAAAACGCUGGAGGAGAUCCAGCAGUUGUUGAAAGGGACGAAAGAAGAGGAACAACAGUGUUAAUGCUAAUAUUUUUCUACUUUAUUAAAAAAAAAAUUAUGAUUCAAGUUUUGGACUAUAAACUCAAUGUUAUCAUUUAAUAAAUGAUAACUAAAUUAAAUUAGUUUUUUAUUUAACUUGUCAAAUAAAAAGAACAAUGCUUUAAUUAAUUAACACAACAGACAAAUACUAAAAUAACUUUAUUCUUCCAAAGAUAAAAAAAUAAAUGCACGAGACUCGAUUUUUAAAUGAAUUUGUAUAAGAGCACAGCGUAGAAAUCACGAGGAAGGAUGAUUAUAUCAGCUAUUACAAAAUUCACUCUGCGUAAAUUUUAUCUAUAUUUUUAUUAAGUGUUAGGGUAAACAAUUAAUUUUCCACGAUGUGUCAAAGUUUUCCAGUUUCUAUGGACUACGGAGGACUAUAACUUAGGAGACGAAACAAGAAUUUUCUGAACCCAUAAAAAUAGUACAGCAGCAU